CUCAUUCAUUGGAUAUAUAUAUAUAAUGUGUAGCAUUUCUGGUCAGUGAAAAUUGACAUACAAGGACUAUGGAUAAAAGGUGGAGUCUCCAAGGUUUGACUGCUCUUGUGACCGGUGGAGCCAGCGGAAUCGGUCAUGCUAUAGUAGAAGAACUCGCCGGUUUUGGGGCCAAAAUCCAUGUGUGUGACAUAUCGAAAACUCUGCUCAAUCAAAGUUUAUCCGAAUGGGAGAAGAAAGGGUUUCAAGUGAGUGGUUCAGUCUGCGAUGCAUCCAAUCGUCUCGAAAGAGAAACACUUAUGCAAACUGUCACCACAAUAUUUGAUGGCAAGCUUAACAUUCUUGUGAACAAUGUUGGCACAAUUCGCACAAAGCCAACAAUAGAAUAUGAGGCAGAAGAUUUUUCGUUCCUUAUUUCAACAAACUUGGAAUCUGCUUAUCAUCUAAGCCAACUUUCACAUCCACUCCUAAAGGCUUCAGGCAACGGAAUUAUUACUUUUAUUUCCUCUGCUGCAGGGAUCGUAUCAUUUGAUGCUGCAUCCAUUUAUGGUCUAACGAAAGGAGCUUUGAAUCAGCUAGCACGAAAUUUGGCGUGUGAAUGGGCAAAAGACGGCAUUCGAGCCAACGCGGUUGCGCCUAAUUUUAUCACCACUGCUCUGGCUAAACCUUUUCUCGAAGACGCUGGUUUUAACGAGAUUUUGUCGAGUAGAACUCCACUUGGUCGCGCUGGAGAACCAAGAGAGGUUGCCUCACUUGUGGCUUUUCUGUGUCUACCUGCUGCUUCAUAUAUUACUGGUCAGACCAUUUGUGUUGAUGGAGGUCUCACUGUUAAUGGCUUCUCAUAUCAGCCAUAGGCUUGAGCCAUGUCUUGUCUUGUCUUGUGUGUUGUGGAGUAUGGUCAUAUGGUCAGUAUCUCCAUAAUCUAAAUCCAUAGAUAUGUGAGUUGUGGAGUAGACACAAUUUUUCAAUAAUGGAAUAUCUAUUUACCAGUUCCGUAUUAUGCAUGCAUUCUCCAUGACAACGCUUCUCAUAACGAAUAUAAUUACGUGGAUCAUAAUACUAUGAGGAUUGAUAUCAUUGAGAUGGAGUAGACACA